UUUCUGGGUCGUUGCUGGAAUUAAAAAAUAAAAUAAAAUCAGGAACGCCCGUUAAUUUCGGCUCCACUUCUUUCCUCCACAGCUCCACCCCAUAAACCCAAACUCAAAUCCUCCUCCUCCUCCUGCUCCACUAAAACAACCGCCGCCGCCAUGACAACUAACGUCGCCACCACUACAGCAUCCCAAAUUCUCCAUCAGACCACCGCAUUCCUCUCUGAAUCCCUCUCCCAACCUGAGCUCCGCCACCAUCUUUUCUCUACCCUCCGCAGCAGAACUUCAUCUUCCAACCAAACUACCAAUCUCAAACCCCUUAACCUUGCCUCAGAAACUCUUGAAAAAGCCAUUUCUGCCACAAACCCUUUUAGCCGAUCCUCCUCUCUCCGCCUCGCCGAAAGGCUCCUCCUUUCUUACCCUGAAACCACCUUCUCUUCCUUCCUUCUCUCCCUGAUUUACACCCUCACCCAGCAAGCCACCAAUGCCGCCCUUAGUCUCCUUAACAUCUUCUAUUUAGACCCUUCAUUGGCACGGUCAGAGAUUGCUCCAGUCCUUUUCGAAGAGCUGUUUUUGGUCCAUCUUUUACCCGUUCUUCAGUUGUUUAAUGAGCAACGAUCAAGUAUUUCUUCUUCUUUCUCAAUGAACACGGGCUAUGACAGCGACGAAAAUUCGAUGUGUGAUGUGUCAGUGGUUCUUCCUACCUCCAAGGUGUUGUCGAAAAUGAGUGGAGGACAAGCUAUGGAGUUGAAGGAGCUAGAAAGAAGUUAUGAGGAGGUUCUUGAUGAGAAUUGCAGAAUUUUUGCUAAAUUCUUUAAGCAGGUUUUAGAGAAUAGUGAUGAAAAUAGAACAAUUACACCACCAUCGGUAAUCUUCAAGGAGGUGGGAAAGGUUGAUAAAUUGGAUGGCAGCAGCGAAGAUAAAAGGAUGAAAACAGAGGAAGUGGAAUUCAAGAAUGGACGGUAUAAUCCAAUAUGGGCUGAAGGAGAAGGAUCCACUGAGUUCUGCAGUUUCAGUGGCAGCAGCAGAUCCAAGUCUCCUUUAUCAUCAUUUCCUCAAAAAGUCUCUGUGAAAGCCCUCAAAAAUUCUAAAUCUUGGACAUUGACAACAUCGCCGACUUUAAAUUCAGAUUCUGAAAUUGGGUCUUCUUUGGACGACAAUAUGAUUAAUUCUUCCUCUUCGGAAUCUGAAGCCGAAUUUCAGGGAAACAACACAAAAUUGACAUUGUUUGAACCUCGACAAAGCCAAACCCAAAAAAAAAAGCAGCCCAUUAUAUCAGAUUCCAGUAGUUCUCCAGAUCAUGUAAUGGGAGAUACAGUUAACCCUCCGGGUGCGGGAAAACAUACACCUCCAAAGGACUUCGUCUGUCCCAUAACAAGCCAUCUGUUUGAUGAUCCAGUAACUCUUGAGACAGGGCAGACAUAUGAACGAAAGGCAAUUCAAGAAUGGCUUGAUAGAGGAAAUUCAACAUGCCCAAUUACUCGCCAGAAGUUGCAUAGCACCCAACUGCCUAAGACAAACUAUGUGCUCAAAAGGCUUGUUGCAAGUUGGCAGGAACAGAAUCCUAAUUUCAUAUCAAACCAAUCUGAAGCUCCACAUCAGAAGACUGAACCGAGCUUUAAGUCAACAAUAAUGCCUCCAAUUACUUCUCCUAAUAGUGUCAUUAGCCAAGCCACCAUUGAUAGUACCAUGAGUGAGCUACGACACGCCAUUACCAAUCUUUGUAUGUCAGAAAUUUUGAAUGAGUCUGAAAUGGCUGUCCUUCGAAUAGAGCAAUUCUGGCAAGAGGCCAAUAUGGACCCUGAUGUUCAAAGCAUGCUUUCAAAACCUCCUGUUAUUAAUGGAUUUGUAGAGAUCCUUUUCAAUUCAAUCGAUCCACAGGUGCUGAAAGCAACUAUUUUUCUCCUGUCUGAAUUAGGGUCAAGAGACAAAGGUGUGAUCCAGACACUUACACGAGUUGAAUCUGAUGUGGAAUGCAUCGUGGCUCUUUUCAAGAAGGGCUUAUUAGAAGCUGUUGUGUUGAUAUAUCUUUUAAGACCGUCUACCAUGAGCUUACUGGAGAUGGACAUGGUGGAAUCUCUCUUAACAGUCAUUAAGAAGAAAGAGGAUGUGAUUAAAAUGCGUUUGAAGCCAAAAACAGCUUCUGUGCUUCUACUGGGACAAAUCCUUUGUGGCAGUGAAGAAAGCACUGUUUUUUCAAUUGUCAAUGCUAUUGUUUCAACCAAAGUGAUUGAAAGUAUUGCUGGCAGCUUGGAAGCUGAUUGGGCAGAGGAGCGGAUUGCAGCAGUGGGGAUCUUAUUAAGAUGCAUGCAGGAAGAUGGGAAAUGUAGAAACACGAUCGCUGAUAAAGCUGAGCUGGGUCCAGUUUUAGAGACCUUCAUGAGUGCAAGUGAUGGAGAAAGGUUUGAGAUAGUUCACUUCUUCUCUGAAUUGGUCAAAUUAAACAGGAGGACAUUCAAUGAGCAAGUUCUCCACAUUAUUAAGGAUGAAGGUGCUUUUAGCACAAUGCACAGCCUUCUUAAUUAUUUACAGACAGCUCUUCAAGAUCAAUGUCCUGUUGUUGCUGGUCUCUUACUCCAACUUGAUCUUCUGGUUGAGCCAAGAAAGAUGAGCAUAUACCGAGAAGAGGCAAUAGAUAAUCUUAUUUCAUGCCUGGGAAAGUAUGAAUUUCCUGUUGCUCAAAUAGCUGCAGCACAUACAAUUAUGUCUUUGCAAGGAAGGUUUACUGCCUCGGGAAAGUCUCUUGGUCGAGCUUUUCUUCUUAAACGUGCUGGACAUAGCAAAAGUUACAGAUAUCUUAUGCGCAUGGAGCAGCUUGGCAACUUGUCUGGAGAAAUUGAAGAAACAUUGGAAGAAGAGAGGGCGGCUGAAGAGUGGGAAAGAAAAAUGGCCUUCGCUCUAGUAAGCCAUGAGUUUGGUUUAGUCUUUGAGGCUUUAGCAGACGGAUUGAAGAGCAGAAACGCAGAGUUAUGCUCAGCGUGCUUUGUGUCAGCAACAUGGCUAGUAUACAUGCUUGGUGUUCUUCCUGACACAGGGAUACGAGGAGCAGCCCGAGUUUGCCUGCUCAAGCGCUUUGUUACAAUUUUUAAGUCUGCAAAGGACACUGAAGACAGAGUCCUUUCAUUGCUUGCUCUAAAAAGCUUCAUAAAUGACCCUGAGGGGCUGCGGGACCUCACUUCCUACGUGAAGGAUAUUAAGAAAGGUCUCAGAGAGCUUAAGAAAUCCUCUCCCUUGGCACUUGAAGUUCUGAAAGUUCUCUCCGAGGGGCAUGAAUCCAGUGCUGAAUUCUGGAAUCAUGAAGAAUUAACUCAAGUAGAUUGCAGUGAUAAUGGAGAAGUGCUUUCUAUCACUUGUUUCAAAGACAAGAUAUUUUCUGGCCAUUCUGAUGGAACUAUAAAGGUUUGGACUGGCAGAGGCAGCAUUCUUCAACUCAUCCAAGAAAUUCGAGAACAUACCAAGGCAGUCACCAGCUUGGUAGUUUUACAUUCCGGAGAUAGAUUAUAUAGUGGUUCACUUGAUAGAACUGCAAGGGUUUGGUCCAUUGGCAAUGAAGCACUGCAUUGUGUACAAGUACAUGAUAUGAAGGACCAGGUUCAUAAUCUAGUGGUGGCAAAUAGCAUUUCCUGCUUCAUUCCACAAGGAGCCGGAGUCAAGGUUCACUCAUGGAAUGGAGGAUUCAAAUUGUUGAAUUCGAAUAAAUAUGUCAAGUGUUUAUCUCUGGUACAAGGGAAACUAUACUGUGGAUGUCAUGAUAGUAGUAUUCAGGAAAUUGAUUUGGCAACAGUAACAUCUGUAACCAUUCAAAAUGGAUCAAGAAAAUUACUAGGAAAAGCAAAUCCCAUACAUGCUCUGCAUGUUCGCGAUGGACUGAUAUAUUCAGCAAGCUCAGCGUUAGAUGGAGCAGCUGUGAAGAUUUGGAGUGCUUCAACUUAUGGUCUAGUAGGCUCAGUUCCAACUACAUUGGAAGUAAGGGCUAUGGCAAUAAGCUCAGAGCUCAUUUAUUUAGGAUCCAAAGGAGGAACAGUGGAAAUUUGGGAUCAGAAAAAGCAAAACAGAAUCGAAACUCUGCAAACCGGCACAGAUGGUAGGGUCCUUUGCAUAGCCCUUGAUGGUAAUGAAGAAGUGUUGGUAAUUGGAACUUCAGACGGCCGGAUUCAGGCUUGGGGAUUGAGCUAGAAAUGGAGGAUGCUGUAAAUUUUUCUUGACAUAAUUUCUUUAGAGCACAUGAGUGCUUAAUUAUUUGAAUUGAAAUUCAUUUUGCACCCUUCAAAUAACCAACUUCAUUUCAGAUUUAUUCUUGAAAUGUAUAUAGCUGAAACUUAAAAUUAAAAUAAUAUUCUUUCUUUUUUAACCA